GAGGUAAGAGCAGACGGAGCUCAAAUUCAUUUCUGCUGGUGCUUCUGGAAGCGCAGCACAUUGCAAAAGCAUAACGUGACGCACAAGGAGCCGGGGGGACACACAUGGCUAUCAAAUGGAUUACUCUGACAUACACUUGUGAACUACUACACUGCAAGGACAAUAGAGUCACCUGGCCUUCAAAGGACUUGCACAGAGCUUGCACAACUUCUUUGUGACACUGACAGAACAAGAAAAAAGGUACCUGGCUUUGAUGCAGACGUAAUGACAUUUCUGAGUCUUUCUUAAUUCAUUCUGGACCCAGCUGACGCGCACACUAAACGGAGUGACUUGGACUGACAAACACUGAGAUGUAAACAUUUUGGGUUAAAUUUUAACCGCUGCUGUCACACAGUUACACCACAGAGUUGGAACAUAACCACCAAACCAAGAGCAAAACACAUCGAGAGAGAAGGACACGCAUGAGAAAGCUUACCAUGCACUGACAACAAGGAAUGGAAAGCAUCAGCGUGGAAACGGGCUGGGAUGGGUUAGCCCUCUCCUCUCUGGUCACCGCAGGAAGGAGUAACUUCUCUUCCUCGUCCUUGUUUGUUUCUGAACUGAACUCCUUCAACACGUCUCACAGCGGGGGAUCCUUCUUCGGGAUAUUUCCUGAGAAUGGCUCCACUACCACACCUCACACGCUGCCCCAGCCCAAGGUCAGAGACCUGGGCCUGGCCCGGGCUGAGAUCGCAGUUCUUGGGGUGGUGCUGGCUCUAACCACCCUGGGGAACAGCUUUGUCCUGUGGGUGCUGCUGAGGAGGAGGAAGCACAAUGCACCGAUGCACGUCUUUAUGGUUAACCUAUGUGUGGCUGACCUGGUAGUGGCUUUUUUUCAGGUUCUUCCUCAGCUGAUCUGGGAUAUCACGGAGAGAUUUCAGGGGCCUGACUUGCUCUGCCGGUCUAUCAAGUACUUGCAGAUUGUUGGCAUGUUUGCCUCUUCAUAUAUGAUAGUUGCCAUGACAGUAGACCGGCACCAUGCCAUCUGCUGCCCUUUGCAGGCCUAUCGAGGGGGGGCAAUGUCCCGCUGGAACACCCCAGUCAUGGUGGCAUGGGGCUUGGCUUUAGUCCUCAGCAUACCACAGGUGUUCAUCUUCUCUCGCUCAGAAGUGGCGCCUGGUGAGUUCGAGUGCUGGGGACACUUUACCGAACCAUGGGGGCUGAAGGCCUACGUCACCUGGAUGACUGUGGCAGUCUUCCUGCUGCCUGCGCUCAUCAUUACCAUCUGUCAGAUAAGAAUCUUCAGGGAGAUUCACAACAACAUCUACCUGAAGUCAGAGCGGAUGGUGAUGGCUGAGCUUAAGAAGAAUGAAAUCCUCUUCCGCUUCCACAGUUUUAAAAAGGAUGAGGAGCGGGCCAGGGAGAGGGGCAGACGGGCAUCUGGAGGGAGCAGGGAUGGGAGAGGAGGCCAACUUUUAAAGGGUGUGAAUAACAGCCCUCACAAUAACACCCAUGGCAGCAAAGUGGGAGAGUGUUACGACUAUGUACCAUCAUCUCUUCAGUACAGCAGUUGCUGUGGAGAACAUGUGACUGCAGCAACAACAUCAUCUGUGCAGCAGCCAGCGCUGAACUGUUCAGAUUGCCAAGAGUCCAACACAUCCUACGAGCCAGCCUCAGGAUCCCCGUGUUGUUCACUUGAAUACCCGCCAACCCAACGCCCACCCACUCCACCAAGCAUCACUAAAGCCAUGUCCAAGACUGUGAGAAUGACCCUGGUCAUCGUUUUAGUCUACACUAUCUGCUGGUCCCCUUUCUUCAUAGUCCAGCUGUGGGCAGCCUGGGACCCCAACCCUCCAGACCAAGGAGUGGCCUUCACUAUUCUGAUGCUGCUGGCCAGUCUGAACUCUUGCACCAACCCGUGGAUCUACACGGCCUUCUCCAGUAGUGUGUCCAGAGAGCUGCAGAACCUGCUGCACUGCGGGUCACGACAUGGCCGCCGGGGCUCACUCCCAGAUGACUCCACCACCACGCACACCUCCACCACCAAGGACAACAUGUACUGACAGAUGACUGACAAAGAUAUGUUUGAAAAAUCAUGCACGGCUGCACAAAUGCCCCAUUUGCAAGGACACGCUGUUGCACACAAUGCCGCCACCACCUCCAGUGUCUCUGCCUGAAAACAGAGCACUGACCUCUACCAGAUGUUUCCACCAACAAAAGACAGCUGCACUGUCAACAGGACUUCUAUCUGUAAUCACCUAUGCUCCCCACCUCAGCUAUGAGGAAGGGUGUCACUGAGGAUGUCAACACCAUUUUAUGGAGGCACAGUGGAAUACGCAGCGACAACGAGCGACAGAUCUGCAAUGCGAAAUGGCCUUGAAUGUAAAAAGAUUUUCACCUCACUUGCUAAUAAGUAGGACAUUGUACAAUAAGUCCUACAACAAAAUGUCUGGCCCUGUUCAGACAGAGCAGGACUGCAGGAAUGCAAGGGGUGGAUCACUGUGUUAAUGGCCUUAUGGCACGCCUAAUGUACAAAGCAGCAGACAAAGCUAUGGGUGUAGAAAAAACAAAGCAGCGCGCUAAGAAAGAGUGAGAGACAUUUAGAGACAGCAGGAGAGAGCGAGACAGCUGCUGGACUGAGAACAGACAGGGGAUGACAUGGAUGUUACAGGGGCGGCCCUCAGAAGGCUGUACACGAAAUCUAAUAAUGUGAACAAACUUUGUUAAAUCAAAGAAAACGGAUUAGAGAUGGAUGCUUGAGGCUGAAUUCAUAUUCUCUCAGGAGGAAUCCGGUUUCAAGGAACAAUAGUGAUUUGUUAGUGGGCUGGACAAAGGACAGUGCAGACAUGCUCCAUGAGGAACUGCAACACCGCAGAUCAAUGCAAACAGUCAGAGGGGCUGACAGAAACAAACACAAGUGAGAGGGGGUGGGUUACGGUCCAGAAGAAUACAAAUGAACAAUCCAGGUUUCCGCAACCAACUGGGACACAAUUAUGUGGUUGUAUUUUGUACAAACAUAGUGUAUGAGGUACACAAAUCACCUUCCUGUCAUGCUCUCCUGAAAAUAUGAAACAUGAACCUGAACAUUACUUAAGAGACAGAAAGGAAACAAGAAAUAUUAUUCAUUCCAUGUACAGUAAUAGACAUUGUAAAGUAUAUUUAUUGAAAACAUAUGGCACAUUAAAUAUGAUUACGUUUUGUGCAAGAUAAAUGUUGAAUGUAAAUCGUAGGAUUGUAAUGUUUUUUGUUAAUGUGUGUCAGUAGAAGGAGAUGUCAAUCCAAAGGUUUUCUACGACUGUAGAAUCUCAUCAGGUCUUAAACGUACAACUCUUAAAUAUGUUGGGUUGGAGACACCAUAUUAAGCAAAGAACAGAAGAGCAUCACUUCAUGUCAUCAACCUCAUGUCGUUUUUAGAAAAGUUUCAUGUCAACAUGGAAAAUACUCGUCGUCAUAUUAAGUGCCUGUAAAUGUCAGCUGACAUUUUAGGGGGGUGGGUGGGGGGGUGGGGGGCUCCCUCAGUGGAUUAAUCUCCAAGUGAUGUCAGCCAUGUUAUUCUUGGAAGGAGCUACCGCUACAGCAGGGAUCUUUGGACAUGUUAUAUCACACCAUGAGCCAUGUGUUAUUUUAUUUCUAUAUUUAUUGUUGUAUAAAUGAAAUAAUACAGAAUAUAUCACUAUCAA